CCCGUAAGAUUCUUCCAGGUCCCUGCCUCCGCCCCAGAUGGGACAUGCCCCAGACCUGCCUCUGUACCUUCCCUGGGUAUCUGCUCUUUCUCCAGAGCCUGGGCCACGCCCAUCUUCCUUCCAGCCCGCCCCACCCCCCCUCACCGGGCCCGGAGGAAUAUUCCAGACACUCAGGCCUCGCGCGAAGCUCCCUACCAUCCCCCGUCUUCCUAUCCCGAACUGCCCUCCCAGUUUCAUGGAAACCCUAAGUCAUCCAUGCGUGGGAGGCUUCCGUGGGUCGGAGCACAGUUUUGCAAGGCUCAGCGCCAAGGCCGCCUCCUCCAGGCAGCCUUCCCUUCCUGCCGGCAGGAGGGGGGCCUCGGGUAAACCAGCCACAGGAGAAAACCGGCUCUCUGCAACGCCCCUGCCACCUGGUCGGGUCCCGAGCCUCACACUGGACAACCUAACCUGGCUCCAUGUGCUAGCCCUUCCACCGACGACCUCCAGAGCCUGCUUCCGAGCCACUGCCUGCCAGCAUGGGCACCCCAGGGUCUCCCGGGGCCCCACCGGCCAGAGGGACGCCCAGGUGAAGCACGCUGCCUGCCCACGCCAGCCUUUCCCGGGGAGGACAGAGAGCCACUCCGGGCUCAGAGCACGCGGCACCACGCUGCUCGCGCAAGGUUCAGAGGUAGUCGCUGCUUUGCUGCUCGGUUUGCAGGCAGCCCCCGGUGCACCCCCAAGAUGACCGCACAGUCUACACUGCUGAGUCCGGGAGCCUGUACCCUGGCCCUGGAGCACCACCAUGCCACUGGCAUCCACUGCACUGUCCCCCUGCCAGGGCCAGCCAGGAAACUCUGGUUACUGACGCUUAACACACUGAUUACCACACUAGAGAAGAGAUUUUCUCCUUGGGGCCACUGUGUUUUAUAACGAAAAUAGAACAAAACUUCGGAAAGAAAGCGAUCCUUUCCAAUUCAAUGAAAACUUUGUUGUUUUUUAUUGUUUCCUGUGUGUGAGUUACAGGCAACUUGAAAACAUAAUUCACACAGCUCCCAAGGCGAAAAGACAAGUGAGUUACGUACGCUUCACAAGGACCUGGUCUCAAAACUAUUGUGAGUUAAACACUCCUGCCCAGUGCUCCCCACCAUGGCGCCCUAGAUUUGCCAAGUGUGUCUUGCAAGGCCAAGAGCAGGAACGCCAGGAUCCCCCAGGGCCCUACAGGCUGGAGGGACCCAUCGUCAUGGGCCUGGAGCAGACCACAAGGCCCCAGUCCUGCCCCAGCUCACUCCCCACCCUGCUUAGUCAACUCACUCCUAUGCUCACCUCCUCCUCCAGGGAGGCUGCCCCACAGCUCCAGAGGCGGAUCAGAUGCCUUCCCUGGGCUCUGGCUUCCCCAGCUAGCAGGGAACAUGGUGUGCUGUCACAUUCCUGACUAAAUUCUAAGAGAAGGGCCUACAGGGGCCUUGUUCUGGGUGAUCUCAGCUUGCAAGCAAGACAGAUACCCGACAGAGACACUGCAGGAAGCACCGACGCCCCCUUUCCAGGCACCCCUCCAGCUAGCCAGAGCCUUUGAGGCUCGACUCUCAGCCGCUGCGGUCUGAAGUACAAGCCAACCCUUCUGGCGUCUCCAGAACAGAACUCUGGGUCUCCCUGGAGUCCCGGAGUAGGGCCACUUACCUGUGGAGUAGGGGUCUGAC